AUGGCUGAUCAGGCGCCAGAGUAUCUGUCUGCAGAAGAGCUGAGAAACAGACUGUACCACAGUUUGCGAAACCGCGGGCUUGUGGAUUCCAUAAAGUCGCAACUACGUAACAGUUUAGUAACCGAGCUUCAGCAGAGUGUACGAGGACCCUUAACCUUAAAAGACCUGAAUGUCCCUGAGGGUGGUUCUCUCUUACAUCGUGCUUCCAACAGCCUUGUGGCCAAUCACCUUCGUGCCUGUAAAUACGAGUACACACUCAGUGUUUUCCUGCCGGAAUGUGGACUCAACCAAGACAAGAAGUUUGAUACUGCCGAUCUUUUGAAGCUGCUGAACAUCAGUCCUCACUCGAGACUUUACCAAAGAUUGGUGAGCUUUUUAUGGCAGUUGUUGACUGAAGUAUGUAGCCUGCACGCCAACUCAGUGCAGCACAUCGGCUGUCAGACAGAUUUGAUUAAAGUUGGGCCUGUCACACCACUGGACGUCAAACUUUCUAGUGUUGACGAGCUGUACUCCUCUAGGCGUGAAGAUUUCCUGCUGUCAGGGAGGUCAGGGGCAGAGCAGAGAAUGCUAAGCUUUCAACGACAGUUAGAGGACAGAUACAACACACAGCUGAAGAUGGAGCUUGCAAGGAUGCGGGAUGCUGAAAUUGCUGCUAUUAAACUUGAAGAAAAAGAAAACAGCCGGAAAGCUCUAGAACAAGCUAGAAGAGAUCUUGAGAGAAUAUAUAAAGACAAGCAUGAUGCUCUAGUGCAGAGGGAGAGGAAUGCAACAGAGAGGUUGCAACAGCAGCUAGAGUUACAAGAAAGAGAAACGUACGCCCAGCGCCAGUCAAUCCUAGAAGAGAUUGAGGCUGUAAGACAGAGGGAAGCUGAAGUCAGAAGAGAAGCAGAAGUCAACAAACGGGAGAAAAAAUUGUCAGAGGAUCGGCUCAGAGAUAAAGAAACAGAUUUACGGAGACGAGAACUGGAAAUCCGGCAGAAGGAGACAUCAUUUGAGCAGCGUCUGCAGAAUGAAAUGGCCCAGUUUAAGCUGGACCAACAGGCCAGAUUUAUUGAGAGGUUGCAGAAUAUCGAAGCAAGAGAGGCAGCAGUUAAAGAGGGGGAGAGAGCUGUAGCCGAAGAGAAGGCUCGUAUUCAACAGGUCAAGGAUGAACUCCGAGAUAAAACACACAGGGUCAAUGAACUAGAGGCGAUGCUGACAGAAGCCAAGUACAGUGAAAUGAAUGCAACUAAAAACAAUGAGUAUGUCAACGCAAAACUGAGAGAUAUGUCAGACUAUAGUACAUUGAAAGAACAGGUGGUUCUCUACAGAAAUGAGUUGGAAACUGUCAGAACACGACUGGCAGAAGUGCUGGCAAUGAAUGAGAGAGAAAGAGGCAGACAGGAAGAGCUGCUGAGGGAGCUGCGGAGACCAUCCCCUGAGUCCUUAAUGUUACACCGAGACCUGGAGAAGGCCAAAGAAAACUUACGGCAGGAACAGAUCAUUUUUAAUCAACAAAAGCAACUUCUGGAAGCCAGGCUGAAAGAGGAGCUGGAUCGGAACAGAGAACUUUUGCAGAGGUUUGAGGAGCAGUCGCAACAAAUGAGGGAAAUGAACCGAGAGAUUGUUGAUCUGCGGCAGCACCUGCACAUGACCACAAGAGCUCUUAACAAUGAAGUUUACAAAAAGCCUAAUCAGGAGCAUGAUGGCCCGCCCCUGAAUGAAUCAGGAAGAGUGCAGAAGGAGCGCAGUCUCAGCAGACACCCUGUUGAUUUAAACUUAGACUUCCCUGGGCCUCGGAGGUCUCUGAGAUUUGAAGCAGACGCCAAGGAUGUCUAUCACGAUGUCGAUUUUGAUCUCCCACCAGUUUCUCGGUCAGGUGGGGGUGACUACUGUGAUGAUGAAGUGUCGUCAGUAGAUUCUGCAGAUGUCAUUGCUCAUGCCAAGUAUCGACUCUUGAACUUAGAUAAAGAAGCACACAACUUAGAGAAGGCAUACCAUGAUUUUCACUGUCGAAUUACAAACAUCAAUGCUCUUCCUUUGACUGGGUCAUCAAGUUUACCUCAAAAUGCUGGAAAAUCUGGUAAGAUUUGCUUUAAAAUUUUUCAACAGAACCCUGGCCUGAUGUCUCCAAGACAGAGCCCCAUUCCAUUUGAGAACCCAAUGUCAUCAACUCCUUACAAGCACCCAAGGAGAGUUCCCGAUUUCAAUGAUAGUUUUUCUGAACUGGGUACGAAAGUACAGAGACAGACACAGAACAGUGCCCCAUUGAUGCCUCAGCGUGAUCUCUUCUCCAUGGCAGAGCAUACAAGGAGCGAUCAAAGACACCUUGAAGAGGAAGAAAGGCGAGUAAAGAUGCGACCAAUUACAGUUGAUGACCUGGAGCAGCGACCUGGGUCACCAGGCAUUAUUAUAGUCACAGGGUCAGUGUCAAGUGAUGAAGGUAAAAAGCCUCCAGUAGCUAUUGAUGACAGAGCAGAGAUUGUGGUCCGUGAAUCAUUUCACUAUGUGGCUUCAGAAAAAACAGCAUCCUGGUCAGUUCCUGACAACCCAGUUGUUGCUGCCGCGCCUGUUUCUCUUGAUUCUGCCUGGGAAGCAAAGCAAGGUGAAGGAGAGAAAGAAACAGACAAACAUACCAACGAACCAGGAGAGACAGAAGUGGAACUGAGCCAGCAGAAGCAAAGAUCGCAAGAGAGACAACUUCUUCAGCAGAUGGAGGAGGAAGAGGAGCAGCAUGACCAGGUUGACAAGGAUUCUGUGGCUGUGAAGACAGAUGAAGGCGAUGAUCAGAUUGACCCUGUAAUGAAAGAGUACAUGGCCAGGGUUCUGGAGCUGAAACAAAAAGAAGAAGAG